CUCCCCCAAUCUUUCGUCCUCCCGCGCUCGGAUGCUGAUGCUGUUGCCAUCACCGCGAGAUGCGCGUCAAACGGGCAUCAUCAACAUGUAGAGCCCACAUCUCUCCUCACCCAUCAGGGUCUCGUACCCACUCUAUCAAUCAGCACCAAAAAUAACAGCUACGAUGUGACCAAAACUACCCUGCUUUACGUUCCCGAUAGCACAACACGCCGUUUUAGAACCGAAUAAUUAAUCCGGACAUGGUACAAUCUCAUCUACAUCAUUCAGAUUUUCUUCCGCAUAAUAUGAAGUCCUUACCACCGUCUGCUGGCUCCUGUUCCUUUUAUUUUAUCUCCAUUCUGCACCAUUGCGCAUCAUCUGCAUUUGGAAUAGCGUAAAGGUCAAAUGAUGUGACUUUCAUUUGUGCUCUCCGUGAUGGCUAUGGUUUCAGGAUAUAUCACUGGAUAACAUUUCGUGUUUUCUGCUUUUUUAUCGACUCAACGUCAAAUGUCCUUGGAGCAUGGCCUGCGCGGUUAUUUACCAAAGCUAUUCCUGUGUCACUAGAUCCCCCGUGUUUCAUAACCAGUAACAUUAGCCAUUCUACAUAGAGAUGGAUUGGGAUAAUGGUGACCACUUCAUUUGUUGACUUUUUAUUUAUGGGGGAAUAUAUUUCAGGGGAAUCCCAAUUACAGCGCCAUAGAUUAAAAAAAUUGAAACCUUAUGGAGAAACUACACACAGGGUAUUUUAGAAAGAGAAAUUAGAAAAUAUUUUCCAAGUUAUUCAUCUCAUAACAUUUGCUAAAGAGCUCCCAGUCUUCCACAACCGACACACAUCAUGGGGGAUCUAGGCAACAGCACAGUGGAUUUCCAUCCUACGAAGCCCAGGAUGGAUAGAGGAGGCCAUGAGGGGGAUUUUGGGACAACGGUAAAUGAGUUGUGCUCACUGAUGGAGCUCAGGGGUGCAGAGGCAUUGCAGAAGAUCCAGGAGACCUACACAGAUACAGAAGGCCUCUGUCACAGACUCAAGACUUCACCUGCAGAUGGACUGUCGGACAACCCUGCGGACCUGGAGAAACGCUGGCAUGUGUUCGGGCAGAACUUCAUCCCCCCCAAGAAGCCCAAGACCUUCCUUCAGCUCGUUUGGGAGGCUUUGCAGGAUGUUACCCUCAUAAUCCUGGAAAUAGCGGCCAUCAUUUCUCUCGGACUGUCCUUUUAUCAGCCACCAGGGGGCGACAGUGAAAUGUGUGGUAAUGCGAACACAGGUGCGGAGGACGAGGGCGAGGCGGAGGCGGGUUGGAUCGAGGGUGCAGCUAUCCUGCUCUCAGUCCUCUGCGUGGUACUGGUGACGGCUUUUAAUGACUGGAGUAAAGAGAAGCAGUUCCGUGGCCUGCAGAGCCGCAUCGAGCAGGAGCAGCGAUUCGCUGUGGUGCGGAACGGCACCGUCAUCCAGAUCCCUGUGGCCGAGAUGGUGGUGGGUGACUUUGCCCAGGUCAAGUAUGGGGACCUCCUGCCUGCGGAUGGUGUUCUCAUCCAGGGAAACGACCUCAAGAUCGAUGAGAGCUCGCUCACCGGAGAGUCUGAUCACGUACGCAAAUCCGUUGACAAGGAUCCCAUGCUGCUGUCAGGCACUCACGUGAUGGAGGGUUCAGGGAAGAUGGUGGUGACAGCGGUCGGUGUGAACUCUCAAACCGGGAUCAUCUUCACCUUGCUGGGCGCUGGUGAUGUUGAGGAAGAGAAGAAAGACUGCAAGAAAGGUAAACAAGAUGGGACCUUGGAGAACAAUCAAAAUAAAGCCAAGAAACAGGAUGAGGCUGUUGCCAUGGAGAUGCAGCCACUGAAGAGUGCAGAAGGUGGGGAAGUGGAGGAGAAAGAUAAGAAGAAAGCUAGUGGGGCCAAGAGGGAAAAAUCAGUUCUUCAGGGAAAACUCACCAAGCUGGCGGUGCAAAUCGGAAAAGCAGGUCUGGUGAUGUCCGCCAUCACUGUGAUUAUCCUGAUGCUGUAUUUUGUGAUCGAGACGUUCGUGAUUCAGGGAAACGUGUGGCUGACGGAGUGCACACCGAUAUACGUGCAGUAUUUUAUGAAGUUCUUCAUCAUAGGAGUGACUGUUCUAGUGGUGGCUGUGCCAGAGGGUUUGCCGCUGGCAGUCACCAUAUCACUGGCCUAUUCUGUAAAGAAAAUGAUGAAGGACAACAACCUGGUGCGUCACUUGGAUGCCUGUGAGACUAUGGGUAAUGCUACAGCUAUCUGCUCGGAUAAAACAGGGACCCUCACCACUAACCGGAUGACGGUGGUGCAGAUUUAUGUAGGGGACCAACACUUCUGUGACAUCCCAACACCACACCAGAUUAACCCCAGGACACUGGAGCUCAUCUCCAGUGCGAUCGCUGUGAACUGCGCUUACACCUCGAAGAUCAUGGCUGCAGAUAAGGAAGGCGGUCUGCCCAAACAGGUGGGUAAUAAGACAGAAUGUUCUCUGCUGGGUCUCGUGCGGGACCUGAAGCAAGACUACCAAGCAGUGAGGGAGCAGAUCCCUGAGGAGAGGCUCUAUAAAGUCUACACCUUCAAUUCUGUCAGAAAAUCCAUGAGCACCGUCAUUCAGAUGCCGGAUGGAAGCUUUCGCUUAUACAGCAAAGGAGCGUCUGAGAUCUUGCUUAAAAGAUGCUCGUUCAUUCUGUCCCGUGACGGAGAGGCACGCGCUUUUAGGCCGCGAGACAAAGAUGAAAUGGUGAAGAAAGUGAUUGAGCGAAUGGCGUGUGAUGGCCUCCGCACGAUCUGCAUCGCUUACCGGGAUCUUCCCGCUGACCCGAUGCCAGACUGGGAAAAUGAGACCGAUAUUGUUUCUGACCUCACCUGCAUCACAGUGGUUGGCAUCGAAGACCCGGUUCGACCUGAGGUCCCAGAAGCCAUCAGGAAGUGCCAGCGAGCGGGCAUCACUGUACGUAUGGUGACCGGCGACAACAUCAACACAGCACGGGCCAUCGCUGCCAAGUGUGGCAUCAUUCAUCCUGGCGACGACUUCCUGUGUAUUGAUGGGAAGGAAUUUAACAGGCGAAUCAGGAAUGAGAAAGGAGAGAUCGAGCAGGAGCGCAUUGACAAAAUUUGGCCCAAGCUCAGAGUUCUUGCUCGAUCGUCCCCUACAGACAAACACACGCUGGUCAAAGGUAUUAUAGACAGCACUGUUGUAGAACAGAGGCAGGUGGUCGCGGUCACAGGUGACGGCACAAACGAUGGACCAGCUCUGAAAAAAGCUGAUGUGGGCUUCGCAAUGGGCAUCGCUGGUACAGAUGUGGCCAAGGAGGCCUCUGACAUCAUCCUGACGGACGAUAACUUCUCCAGUAUAGUGAAGGCCGUGAUGUGGGGGCGAAAUGUGUACGACAGCAUCUCCAAGUUCCUGCAGUUUCAACUCACUGUUAAUGUGGUGGCUGUCAUAGUAGCCUUCACUGGUGCCUGUAUCACACAGGAUUCUCCCCUGAAAGCCGUGCAAAUGCUAUGGGUCAAUCUCAUCAUGGACACGUUCGCUUCCUUGGCUCUUGCAACAGAGCCGCCCACCGAAGCCCUGCUGCUGAGAAAGCCCUACGGUCGGAACAAUCCUCUCAUUUCCAGAACCAUGAUGAAGAACAUCCUCGGACACGCCGUGUACCAGCUCAUCAUCAUCUUUACCCUGCUCUUCGUAGGUGAGAAGAUCUUUGACAUCGACAGCGGCCGUAACAGUCCGCUUCACUCUCCUCCCUCUGAGCAUUACACCAUCAUCUUCAACACCUUCGUCCUGAUGCAGCUCUUCAAUGAGAUCAACGCCCGGAAGAUCCACGGAGAGAGGAACGUGUUUGACGGAAUCUUCUCAAAUCCCAUCUUCUGUUCAAUCGUGCUGGGGACCUUUGCAAUACAGAUCGUGAUUGUUCAGUUUGGAGGAAAACCCUUCAGCUGUUCCCCCUUGAAUGUGGAACAGUGGCUUUGGUGUCUGUUUGUGGGGAUGGGAGAGCUGCUAUGGGGGCAGGUCAUUUCAUCAGUACCAACACAUCAGCUGAAGUGUCUAAAAGAAGCAGGUCACGGGCGGGCUCCAGACGAGAUCAUGGAUGAAGAGUUCGCUGAGGAUGAGGAUGAGAUAGAUUACGCGGAGAGAGAGCUGAGGCGAGGACAGAUCCUCUGGUUCAGAGGACUUAACCGAAUUCAGACUCAGAUGGAGGUAGUGAGUACCUUCAAGAGAAGUGGUUCGUUUCAGGGCGCAGCGAGACGUCGCUCUUCGGUGCUCAGCCAACUCCAUGACAUCCGGGUGGUGAAAGCUUUCCGUAGCUCCCUCUAUGACGGCAUCGAGCGACAGGACUCGCGCAACUCCAUUCACGACUUCCAGGCGCACCCAGAAUUCAUCAUCACGGACUCCGUCCACAUCAUCCCCCUGAUCGACGAGACUGACGUGGACGACGCAUCGGAACAUUCCAAUCACAACCACGUGCGCGUGGCCCUCCAGCAUCCCGCUCCUCACCCGCAGCCCCAGGCGCCUCAGAGACCCCCGCGAUCCCGUUACCCGUCACGCCCGCUUAGACAGCAGAGUCUGCCAGUGACCCUCAACUGCAACAACAACGCUGCAGAGAGCCGUGUCUAUCUAGGCCUAAAUGACAACGGGGUGCCGCACGUUUCUCCCUGCCCUGCCAGUCCUCUGCACAGCUUGGAGACAUGCCUGUAGAGGUCAAAGUUCAUGAAGUUGAGACUGCCAGCACAUGACGGACAAGUGUGGAUGACUCUUAAGUGGGGACUGGCAGAGAAAUGGUUAGGAUGGUUCUGUACCUAAUCUUUGUUUCUAUAUUACUAUGAAUCAGAUUCGCAGCUUCAAAAUGUUUCGGUGAUUAUUUUGCAGUAUCUUGUGUGACCCAAAGACAAUCCUACAACGCAUGAAAGAGACAUUAUGUUCUCAUAUGUUGCACUCGAAGAAACGUUGGAUAUAGGUGUGGACUCUUGACUUCCUGAUCCUAAUGAAAGUGUAAAAACGAAAAAGAAACAAAUGUUUUUUGGGGGAUAAGUCCUUUCGCCUUUUAAUUAAUAACUAUUGUUCCAAUUAUUAUAGUGGUUAUAUUUCUGCUCAAAUUACAAUGAAUAAUAUACACCAGUUAUGAUACUUCAUCGUUUAGCUUUAUAUAACUAUGUAUGUUUGUAUGUAUGACGUAAGUCUGUAUGUAUGUGUAUUUGUUUGUUUGUUUGUUGUUGUUAAAAUCCGUGUCUAUGUUCUCAUUGGUUCCACGUGCCCCUUUCUCUGUUUUCUGUGUUAGAGUGUGAUCUGUAUGUCCAAUUAAAAAAAAGGAAUUGAAAUUAAAGAUCAUAUAUCGGCAACAUAUAAAUAAAAUAAACUCGAACCAUUGGAGAACAUCUUUCUGAAAAAGAUCAAGGCAAUUUGGCAAAUGCCUUUUUCUUGAGUUAUUGAUGCAGUAUGGUAGUUACAAGAUCAAAGCAAACAGACAAAACUAUUUUGCAGAAUACAUUUAGUGGAUAAAAUAAUGUGCAAUAAACGUAUGUAUUCAGCUAAA